CCUCGACUCCACUGUCAAGUUUUGAGAUAAGCAUCAAAGGACGCAACCAGUCCACAAGAGUUCAUCGCUGAUUCCAUCGAGGCCUACGCGUUCGCUUCCCUCCCUCAUUUUCUGGGGGACUAAUUGAGAAGGGUUGUCGUGGGCAAUCACGUUCGUCCCUGCCAAGAAUCUCUUAUCUGUAAGUUUAUUUCCCUCUGUUUCUUCUGGUAUGAUGAUUCUGGCUUGUUUUCCCACAGAACCAUCAUUCCCGCUUUCUUUUGGCUGAGAACCCAAAAGAUGGCUUUAGCUAAUCGCGUGGCUUUCGUAGUAUUUCGGUCCCUAAAACCAUCGUCUUCCCUCCAAACCCCUUCGUCCCUCCCAUGGAACCCUGCUCCUCAAGUUGGUAUUCGUCGGAAUAAAAGAAUCUCUUCAGGUACUGCGACAAUUUCCGUCGUAGGCCGCCAUCGAUACCCGGGGUUCGUUUUCCCGGGAGAGGAUGACCGCGAAACCUGCGGGUUGAAAGCGGAGAGGAAACCUAGUGAAGCCCACGUCUUCGAACUGGAAGAACCGCUUCUGAGCGAGGGCAAGGAGGGGAUGAGUGAUGGGUUCUUGGAAACGAUUGAGGAAUUGGAGAGGAUGGUUCGGGAGCCCGCUGACAUACUCGAGGAGAUGAACAAUAAGCUCUCUGCGCGCGAGUUCCAAUUGGUAUUGGUGUAUUUCUCUCAAGAAGGAAGGGACUCGUGGUGCGCCCUCGAGGUUUUCGAUUUCCUUCGGAAGGAGAAUCAAGUCGACAAAGAGACGAUGGAGCUCAUGGUGUCGAUCAUGUGCAAUUGGGUGACUAAGUUGAUCGAAGCCGAUUGCGACGUUUCACAGGUAGUUGAUCUUCUAAAGGAGAUGGACUGUGUUGGGCUCAAUCCAGAGUUCAGUAUGGUUGAGAAGGUCAUCUCACUGUACUGGGAUAGAGGAAGGAAAGCAAAAGCUGUUGCGUUCGUUAAGCACGUUAUAGGGCAAGGAUUGAGCUCGUUUUCAGCCAGUACCGGUAAGCAGGGUCCUAUCGGUUACCUUGUUUGGAAGAUGAUGACUGAUGGAGAUUAUCGUGGAGCAGUGAAAUUGGUGGUCGAAUUUAGAGAAUGUGGGCUUAAACCAGAGAUCUAUAGCUAUUUGAUUGCAUUGACGGCCCUGGUCAAAGAGCAAAACGAGUUCUCGAAAUCGCUAAGAAGGCUAAAGAAACUGCAGAAUGAUGGUGUAAUUGCUGAUCUUGAUGUGGAAAAUCUCGUACUUGUGGAAAAGUAUCAGUUGGAGCUUCUAAAUUAUGCGGAGCAACUAUCGUCUUGGGCUAUUCAGGAAAAUCUACCUGAAUUUGAUGCAGUGGUUCAUGAAAAGCUACUGGCUUUGUAUGCUUGUGCUGGUCGAGGCCUUGAGGCAGAGCAUCAUUUAUGGAAAAUGAAGUUGGCUGGUAAGGAGCCUCAAAGAGAACUCUAUGGCAUUGUCUUAGCAGUUUGUGCAUCUGAAAGGAACGUUGGCUCUGUCCAACGCUUGCUAACAGGGAUGGAGAGUAGAGGUAUGUCUCCUAGAAAUAGAAAAAGAACCUUUUCAUGGCUGUUGCGUGGUUAUGUCAAAGGUGGCCACUUUGAGGAUGCUUCAAGAGCUCUGGUGUCCAUGCUUGAUCAUGGUUUGCAUCCUGAACAUUUGGAUAUUGCUGUUGUUUUGCAAGGUCUUAGAAAAACUUUGCAGAAUCGUGAAAACAUUGAGCUCUAUCUUGAUAUUUGUAAGCGUCUCUCUGAUGAAGAGUUAAUUGCACCAUGCCUUAUAUAUCUGCACAUAAAUGCAUAUAAGCUUUGGAUUGUAAGAAUGCUUUGAUGUAUAUAUGGCGAUAGAAGCUGGGAAUUUCACGUAGUUGCUGUCCAAGUGGCUGAUAGGCUGCAAACCACUGUGUACGUUCUGCAGCAACCGAGUUUCUUUAUUAGCAUUUGUUCUGUCUAUCUCUGUGGCUGGAUGUAUGUAACGAGACAGUGAAUAAAUUAAAUAAGAUCAAACAUUGGACUAGUUGGAGCUUUGAGAGGUGCUGCUUCAGGAGGGUUGAUAUGUUUAGCAGUAGAAAUGCUGACUUUUGUCUCCUGUUCCAACCAUGCUGAUGGGUAUCCAUAUGCAAAGUUAGUGCCGCAGGGAACAUGGCAUCAGGGAUCAGAUAUGGAAGCUGGAUUAGUUAUUUGCUCCCAUCUUGCCUACCGUGGAAUAAAUGAUGCAUAUGUGAAAUUUCAAGAGCUGGAACUUUACUUCACUAAUGGUGGCACUGCACGGUUUCAUAGAGUGCUCAAUGCAGAAUCGAAUCCUCCCAACAAGCAAACCCUCCUUCCCUAUCUUCAAUUCAUAUCAGUUGAACGAGUUUGCUUUCUUGCGUAAGGAUGUGUGUCUCGGAGCAAGUUAUCUGCAUGGAACUUCAUGCCCUGGAAGAAGUUUUCUUGUUUCCUUCAUGCUUCGGAAAGAUUGGAUAUGUCAAUCAUGAAUUCUUGUCAUUCAUCUUUCAUACUUAAUCCAUGUUUGAGUUGGCCAUAAGGUCAUUUCUAGUUUCAA